AUACGUCAUUUAGACUUUAACUAAGAGGGAGGUGUUGUGGCUUAAGCCUUGUAGGGUUCAAUUUGGAGAACGCAAGAGAAGGAACUUCACAUCGGUUCUUCUUCAGGUAAAGGGGGUACAUAGUUUGAAAGGAAGAUAUGAGUACAGGAGGAGAGAAAGGGUCUGCAACCACAAAAACUCCAGCAGAUUUCCUCAAGUCAAUUCGUGGGCGACCUGUUGUUGUUAAGCUUAACUCUGGUGUGGAUUAUCGUGGUAUUCUAGCUUGUCUUGACGGAUAUAUGAACAUAGCAAUGGAGCAAACAGAAGAGUACGUCAAUGGGCAGCUAAAAAACAAAUAUGGCGAUGCUUUUAUCCGUGGAAAUAAUGUUCUGUACAUUAGUACAUCCAAGAGGACCCUGGCUGAGGGCGCUUAGCUUUCAAUUCUUCCCAGAAACAAGAUCAUCUGCUAUCAUGCUAUUUAUGAGUAUAACUUCAUGUAGAUUAAGAGGGGUUUAGCCUCUGAGUACUGGGUUAAUACAAUUUCAAUCUAUCCGAGAACUGAGUCAUGUAAUGAGCCAUUAAAACGAGUACUUGAUUUGAAGAUUAAUGCAUUAAUUUUUAACUGGAA